AUAUAUGUAUAUUUUAUAUUUACAUUAAUUUCUAUUAUUAUUUAAUUUUAUUUUAUUAUUUAAAUGUAAUUUAAUACAUUUAUAUUAUAUAUAUAUAUAUUAAAUUUUUAUAUUGGUUUCUAUUAUUAUUUAAUAAGUUAUAUUAGUUAUGAGUUAUAUUAGUUUAUAUUAAAAUGAUAGUUUUUAUAUUUUUCUGCAAGACUUUGUUUUUGGACUCUCAGACAUGAGGCACCCUGACACGCAGACACAAUCCACCUCAGAGGAAACACCACAUGGACUCCCCGAGGAGAAGACCAAUGGGAGGAGGUGGUCGUCCAGGGCCAGGUCUGAGGCCCACGGCUGGGCUGCGGAUCCCAGAGGCCUUUACAGGGACCAGCACUGGCCUGAGGACUUGGAUCCUGACCUGCUGCUGGAGGAGGGACACGACAACUCCACGCAGAUUGUGAACAUGGAUCACGCCUACUACACGUCUAAGAUUUUGGGCCUGGGAGAUGCAGGUGGCACAGACAUGUGGGUCAACACAGACGAGAAGGACGAGGAUAUGUGGAAAGCUCACGGCUUCCUGACCAGCACGCACCGCCAAGCCGAGAGAGUCAAUUUAUCCUUUGGCUUUCCUUUCUAUGGUCACACAUUGAAGGAAGUCACCGUGGCAACUGGAGGUUUUAUUUAUACUGGAGAUGUAAUCCACCGUAUGCUGACUGCGACACAGUACAUCGCUCCUCUCAUGGCGAACUUCGACCCCAGUGUCUCCAAGAACUCUUCUGUCUUUUACUUUGACAAUGGCACGGCUCUGGUGGUGCAGUGGACCCGCCUCCACCUGCAGGACGAUGUCCAAUCAGGAACUUUCACCUUCCAAGCCGCCUUGCACAGCGACGGACGCAUCGUGUUUUCCUACAAAGAGAUUCCAAUUGACAUCAGAGACAUCAGCAGUGAGAAUCAUCCUGUCAAAGUCGGCCUGUCGGAUGCUUUUGUGGUGCUUCACAAGAUUGAGCAACUCCCCAAUGUCCGAAGGAGGACCAUCUACGAGUACCACAAAGUCGACAUUCUCAAAUCCAAAAUCGGCAAUGCUACAACUGUCGAGAUGCUACCUCUACCAACGUGUCUGCAGUUCUCCAGCUGUUCUCCAUGUGUCACUUCUCAGAUUGGCUUCAACUGCAGUUGGUGCUCCCAUCUGCAGAGAUGCUCCAGCGGCUUUGACCGGGAACGCCAGGACUGGGUGGAUCAUGGCUGCCAGGAUGAGAGACAAGAUCCACAUUGUUUACGAGGAUCCGACGCCACAGAUGGCGCACCGCGCCUCCUCAACAGAGCCACGCCCACUCCAGCUGCUGCCACCUCAGCUCAGAGGACCUUCAGUGUGACCGCCAUCUCUCCCAGCUGGAUGUCCACCAACGAGAAUAAACCGACACACCGCAGCGGCUACAGCAGCAAGGGAGAGACGUCCACUCCUUGGCCUUCCGUUAGCCAACCUGCAGAGGGCAACAUGGGCCAGCGAGAGCAGGUCGGGCUGCUGGCGGCCAUUGUCACAGUGACGUUGGUCAUGGCGGCGGUCGUCCUUGUGUCCGUCUACCUGUACAACCACCCCACGUCCAGCGCCAGCCUCUUCUUCAUGGAGCACCGUCCGGCCCGUUGGCCCACUAUGAAGUUCCGACGGGGCUCGGGUCACCCUUCGUACGCCGAGGUGGAGACCCCCGGACAACAGGAUAAAGACAGCGUGGCGGUCAUUGACCCCAAACAGUCUUUCGUCAUGUUGAUCAGGCGAGAGAGCGACCAGAAGGAAGGAUUCAUUGUUCCUGACCCAAGGGAAUGCUUCCUCGGCCAGGAGAGCUCCUGACCAAGACUAGAAAGCAUUGAGACUUUUCUCUCCUUAUACUAAACGAGAGUGUGCCGAGAGGACAUUAAUUAAUGCCUCCAUGAGGAAACAAGAUUUUUACGCGGCUUCCUGUUGGUGUUUACUCGGGGAAGCCAUUGGACCGCUUUAACAGGCAUCAAGGUAAACACUGCGGGAGAAAAACAUCUUGUUUUGACUGUGCUCGGGUUGUUUGUCAGGUUGUCAUGUUUAUGUCAGCGAGGGUCCACGACACUGCUGCUGUAUAGAGGCUAAGCCGAGAUCGCUGUUAUGUGUCAGUGGCCAGAAAACUUCCUCACAAGGCGGAAUGUCUUCGCCGGGUGUCAUUUCCUCUUUUCAAAAAUACAGACUAAAUUCCUCAGUGUUGCUGUUGCCUUUCAUGUGCGGGGCAAAUAAGGUUCACAGGGUCACGACUACCAGUCAUCCUCGUGCUUUUAUUCUUUAUUUACUGUAACUCAUAAAAGCAACAACUCAUCUACAUUGCUGUAUGAAUACUGUGUACUGUAAAUUACUGCAUUAUAAAUUCUCAAGAAUAUAUUAUCCAAACAAUUAUGUAUUGUUUUGGUUGGAUUUGUCUCGGGUGCACUGUGAUUUUUUUUCGUCAUUGUUAAACCAUAUGACAAUUUAUUGUAUUUCUUUGCCGCAUGCUACGCUAAAGGUGUCACUGACCUACAACAGCACAAAUGAAGGCACGUUUAAAUCCGCUCAAGGCACUCCAAGGUUCCUUCAAGAUUUGCUCUUCCUGUCUUCUGAAACAUAAUGAAAAAAAUAUUCAUGUUAAAAACGUCUUAAUUCCAACCAGAUCAGCAAGCAUCUACAACGAUAAAUACUGCAGUAAGAUUAAAGGUGCAUUUAGUAAUUAAUUAGUAAUGCAAUUGGUGGCAUGCAGUACCUUUGUAAGCCUCAAGAGGCAACAUCGUGUCACUGGUUUGUUUCACUUUUUUAAGGUGGCAGUUAUCAUUGAUAACUGGUGGGAGGAUUGAUUGCAUCAAGUAAACACGUCCCUGUUACACCACCUGUGCUUGCGCAUGAGCACACACCGUGGGCUUUGACUCCAAAUGUUUCCAGUUUUGUUUCACUUUUGUAAGGUGGCGGUUAUCAUUGAUAACUGGUGGGAGGUUUUAUUGCAUCAAGUAAACACUUCCCUGUUACACCACCUGUGCUUGUGCAUGAGCACACACUGUGGGCUUUGACUCCAAAUGUUUCCAGUUUUGUUUCACUUUUAUAAGGUGGCGGUUAUCAUUGAUAACUGGUGGGACGUUUGAUUGCAUCAAGUAAACACGUCCCUGUUACACCACCUGAGCUUGUGCAUGAGCACACACUGUGGGCUUUGACUCCAAAUGUUUCCAGUUUUGUUUCACUUUUGGAAAGUGGCGGUUAUCAUUGAUAACUGGUGGGAGGUUUGAUUGCAUUAAGUAAACACGUCCCUGUUACACCACCUGUGCUUGUGCAUGAGCACACACCGUGGGCUUUGGCUCCAAAUGUUUCCAGUUGUGUUUCACUUUUGUAAGGUGACGGUUAUCAUUGAUAACUGGUGGGAGGAUUGAUUGCAUCAAGUAAAGACGUCCCUGUUACACCACCUGUGCUUGUGCAUGAGCACACACCGUGGGCUUUGACUCCAAAUAUUUCCAGUUUUGUUUCACUUUUAUAAGGUGGCGGUUAUCAUUGAUAACUGGUGGGAGGAUUGAUUGCAUUAAGUAAACACGUGCCUGUUACACCACCCGUGCUUGUGCAUGAGCACACACCGUGGGCUUUGACUCCAAAUGUUUUCAGUUUUGUUUCCCCUUUGCAAGGUUGCGGUUAUCAUUGAUAACUGGUGGGAGGAUUGAUUGCAUUAAGUAAACACCUCCCUGUUACACCACAUGUGCUUGUGCAUGAGCACACACUGUGGGAUUUGACUCCAAAUGUUGUCAGUUUUGUUUAACUUUUCUAAGGUGGUGGUUAUCAUUGAUAACUGAUGGGAGGAUUGAUUGCAUCAAGUAAACACGCCCAUGUUACACCACCUGUGCUUGUGCAUGAGCACACACUGUGGGCUUUGACUCCAAAUGUUUCCAGUUUUGUUUCACUUUUGUAAGGUGGCGGUUAUCAUUGAUAACUGGUGGGAGGAUUGAGUGCAUUAAGUAAACACGUGCCUGUUACACCAGCUGUGCUUGCUGGUACAUUUAACAGUGGGAAUGAAAGCAUUUCACCUCGGCGUGGGAGGGCAGGCAGUCGUCUCCUCAUCUG